GCUCGAUAUCUCUCUAAUCACCAGUCCGAGGCGGGCUAUCCCGAUAGGGACAGAAGAUGCGUCCUGGCUACAGUUUGGCAAGCAUUAUGUUUCCGGAGGUCACCCGCAACACUCAAUUCAUCGUAAAUAUGAAGUAUAUUGUUGCAGCGUUUUCCUUGCUUGGCAUAGUCUGUGUGUCACAACCUCUACAGGGGAUGCUCUUCGACACUUCACCUUUACUACACAACUACACAUCAGGAUUGAUGUACCAGGGCAUUCCUCAGCCAGGAGGGGACCCGAGCCACCAACAGGGGACGCUUCAGGCAGGAGGGGACCCCAGCCACCAAGGGGGCUCGCAGUAUCCCUACAACCAGGCACCGCAGGGCUUUGUUCCAAUAAAUGGACUACAUGUUACCUUGCCAAGUGCAGGCCAUGCUACACCGCAAACACAACAACCAACGUCCUUUGCGGCUUCUACCACGGCUUCCCCGGCAACAUCAACCGUGCCCCCCAUCACGACCUCGAACACGUGCGCGGUUGCUAAACAGCUGUGCAACUCGCACUGCCCUGGCGGUUACCUAGUGGACCCGGACGACUGCACGUUCUGCAUGUGCAAGAAAGACAUCCAGCCCUCUAACACAAUUGGCUAGGACGAGAAGUAGAGAGUUGCGCGACACUUUCACAAUCGAUGUCAAAACUGUUCUAUUAUUUUAUAUUAUUUGGCAUUAAAUGUGUUAUGAAGACAAACAAUACAAAAAAAUGAAUUGUGUUCAACACAUCAAGAAAUAAUACAAUUAUGAUUAAAUUGGCAUUCUUUUUAUCACAUAAAUGUUUUUGAAUCGAUAAAAAUUAGAGAGAAAUCCCUUGCAAAUGCAUUUGAUCUUCAAUAAAAUUUAAAAGAU